UAUUACUUCAGGCGAUAUGAAAAAGUUCAGAGAAUUAAAAAAGACUGGUGAUGGAACAUUUGGAGUAGUAAUAAAGGCUGAAGACAUGUAAAGUCAUGAUUUAGUGGCUAUAAAAAAGAUGAAAUAGAAAUAUCAUAAUUUUGAGGAAUGUACAAACUUAAGAGAAGUAAAAGCAUUGAUGAAACUUUAAAAUCAUCCAAAUAUUGUAAAACUUAAAGAAUGUAAGAAUUGUUUGAAAUUUAGUAUUUUUGGACAAUGAGACUCUAUGUUUAGUUUUUGAGUUUGUAGAGAAAAGCAUUUAUUAAAUGUACAUACAAUAAAAAGAGAUGGUAACCAAAUAUAAGAUGGAAAUUAGGGUAAAACUAUAGUCGAAGAUUAAAUAAAAUCUCUUAUUUACCAAGUAGCCAAUGGACUUAGUUACAUGCAUAAACAUGGUUAUUUUCAUAGAGACUUAAAACCAGAGAAUCUCUUAGUAUCUAACAAUGGAGUUGUUAAGAUUAUUGAUCUUGGAUGUGCGAGAGAGAUUAGAUCUAGACCACCUUAUACAGAUUAUAUUGCUACAAGAUGGUAUAGGGUAUUAUUCUACAAUUCAAUCUAUUUAUAGGCACCUGAGAUUUUAUUAAAAUAAGCUAAUUAUAAUAGUCCUGUUGAUAUAUUUGCUUUAGGUUGCAUUAUGGCUGAAUUAUUCUUAAAUAGGCCCCUCUUUUAAGGUAAUUCUGAAUUAGAAUAAUUUAAUAAGAUUCUCUCUACUCUUGGGUAUAUUAUAUUAUUUUAUUUAUUUUUAUUUUUUUAGUACUUUUACUUAAAAUGAUUGGCCAGAAGGAUGUAGACUUGUUUCUUAAAUGGGAUUAGCUUUAGCACAAUUUUAACCACUCCAAUUAUAAUAACUUAUACCUAAUGCUAGUACUGAGGCUUUGAAUUUAUUAACUUAAAUGAUUAGAUGGGAUCCUAAUAAAAGAAUUACUGCUACUUAAAUGUUAACUCAUCCUUUUUUCUAUAAUAUUGAAAAAAUUGCACCUCCUAUUAUAUUUGAGGAAUAACCUAAAUCUAAAGAUGAAUUAAAACUACCAGAUAUGGAAAAAAAACCUAAAUCUUUUAGUCAAAAAGAAGAACCUUAAUAAAACUAAUUCAAAUCAAAAUAAUUUCUAUAAUAAUAACCCUAAGAAGAAGACAGCAAUGAUCUAGAUGAUAUUCUAGAUUUUAUUACUACUGAAAAUAAACCAAUCCCUUCCAAAUAAUCUUCUUAGUCUUCUAAAAAUUUAGAAUAUGGUGAAUAUGUUCCCUCUAUUCCUUCUAAUAGAUAACCUAGGAAUAAUAAUUUACAAUCAAGUCAAUUAUAAGAAUAAUAAAAAAAAGAUAAUAAUUCCAUCUAUGAUUUUAGCCAUUUACAAAGUUUCAAACCUGCAAAAAUGCCUAACACAAAUUCGAAAUAUUGA